CGGCAUCAGGAGCAGGCGGGGCAAGAGGCGAGCGGUUGGGCCGGAUUGUCCGAGGCGGGGCCUUCCCCGUCCGCCGUCGGUCGCCAUUGGGACCCGAGGCGACGGUCCCGACCUUUGGGGUUGACGCGCCUCUGAUGCCCCAGCCUGUCUCCCUCCUGGGCUCUUAGGAGGCUUUCCCAAGUCGCCCUUUGCUUCGCCUCCCAGGCGCGCCUUCUUUUGGACUCUUCCAGCGGGAUUGGGAAAGAGGAGACACGUCGCCUGGGUCUGUGGCCGGGAGAGGAACGCCUCACUGCCUGGACACUUGUUUUGGAGAGGGAGAGGUCUGCCCUCGGUGGGGAAAGGCAGAAGGAGUUGGAGGAGAGCCGGGUUGUCGAUGGACUUGAGAAGAAGGAAUAAGGAGAACUUUGUCCCGGAACUGUGACACGGAAACCAUUGGGGCUCCAGGAGGAAGAGGAGCCCCUUGACUUGGAUCAAGGGAAGACUGGGAAAGGGAGGUCUCUGGAUCCACGCCCCACUGCCUGAACCUUUUUUUGGGCGUGUGCGAAAGAGUUUUCCCUCUCCUUGGCGGAGAAGAGUUGGAGAAACCACAGGAGGGGCUGCAUUGCCCACGUGUUUUUUGGAGAUGCCAAAAGAGAGUCGCUUCUACAGAUUUUGGGGGGUCAAGGCAGGGUUUUGAGGGUCCAAGGAAGACAGCAACCGAGGAGAGUCGCAGCUGCUUGGAGGAUGUGAGGCAGACAGAAAUUUGCCAGCAGGACAUCAGAGGAGGAUUUUUUUUAAAGGAGACCUUAUUCUCUUUUUGAGAGGGACCCCAGCCUGCUUUUUUCAGAAAAGCCUCUGUUCUUGGGAUCUCAUUCUCUAUUUGAGAGAGGCCUCAGACUCUUUUGGAGCAUCCAUCUCUUUUGAAGGAAGACCUCCAUCUCUUUCUGAGGGAGAGCUCACUCCCUAUUUCGGAGCAGCGUCUGGAGUAAAAACCCCAGACUAUAUUGGAGGGAGAGCCCAGACUCUAUUUCAGAGAGGCCUCAGUCUCAUUUUGAGGGAGACCUCAGAUUCUGCUCCCAAGAAGUUGUGAGGCAAGAGCUGAGGAAGCCAAGGUCCUCCUGGGUGACCCCGGGAGAGCUCAGUACACCACGAAGGCCAAGCCGGAGGAGGGCCGCCCCGCCUUGAUGGCUGCCGGGGGCGGCAGUGGCAGCAUGUGGACCAACGGUGGGGCCUCGGGCACCUGUGCCCCUUGUGCCCUCAGUUACACACUCCCAACCAUCUCUUCCAACAAACUGCCAGACCUGUGUUUCCUUGGCCGGGGAGCCUAUGGCACCGUCUCUUCGGCCCGUCAUGCAGACUGGCGAGUGCCAGUGGCUGUCAAAGGCCUACAGGGACCACUACUGGACAGCGAAAGGGCCAAUCUCUUAAAGGAAGCUGAAAUUUUACAUCAGGCAAGGUUCAGUUACGUUCUACCAAUUUUGGGAAUUUGCAAUGAGCCUGAAUUUCUGGGCAUUAUCAUGGAAUAUAUGCCAAAUGGGUCACUAAAUCAACUUUUGCAUGCGAAAAAUGUGUAUCCUGACAUUGCUUGGUCACUAAGGUUUCGCAUACUUUAUGAAAUUGCCUUGGGAGUGAAUUACCUUCACAAUAUGACACCUCCACUCUUACACCAUGAUUUGAAGACCCAAAAUAUUUUACUUGACAGUGACUUUCAUGUUAAGAUUGCAGAUUUUGGUUUGUCUCAAUGGCGCAAGGUCUCCAUGUCAUUGUCACGAAGUGAGAAGUCAAUGCCUGAGGGAGGGACUAUCAUCUACAUGCCACCUGAAGAUUAUCAUUGCAGACGUGCCAGUGUAAAACAUGAUAUAUACAGUUAUGCCAUUAUCAUGUGGGAAGUAAUGUCAAGAAAACAGCCAUUUGAAGAUGUUAUAAACCCCUUGCAGAUUAUGUUUAGUGUGUCACAAGGAAGGCGUCCAGACACCAGUGAAGAAUAUCUGCCAUUUGACAUUCCUCAUCGAGGGCUGAUGUUGUCAUUAAUCGAAUCUGGCUGGGCACAAAAUCCAGAUGAAAGGCCUUCUUUUUCAAAAUGCUUAAUAGAGCUUGAACCUAUCCUGAGAACCUUUGAUGAGAUACCUAUGCUUCAAGCUGUGAUACAGUUGAAGAAAGCCAAAUCUGAAUACGAAAGGCGGUGCCUUCACUUCCCGAGCAGCACAUCUAACGAUCAAUCGGUAUCUCUAAAUAUACCAUUGGAUUCUAGUCUACAAGAGGAAGCCUGUGGCUUGAGAUCCCAGAGCAACAGAUUUCAUCAACCAAGUGUUCUCUCAGAUACAUCGAAACAGUGCAAUGUCCUCUCAGAUGGCAGUGAUGAUGCUUCAGGUGAACCACGCACACUGCUGAGCCUUUUUCCACUGCGCCAGAACACUCCUCCCAACAUGUCCUUACAGAGCUCUUCUUCUUCCAAUGCAAGCAGCUCCAAUUCAUCCAAUUCUAUGCCACACCUGCUGCAAUCACCAGGAAACAAUUCAGAUUUCACACUAAGGACGGUGCAAAAAAAUGACUUUGCCAUAGCUCACCAGUGGAUUCAAAAUAAACGGGAGGAAAUAGUCAACCAGAUGACUGAAGCUUGCCUCAACCAGUCUUUGGAUGCCCUCCUUGCAAGGGAUUUAAUCAUGAAAGAAGAUUACGAACUUAUCAGCACCAAGCCUACAAGGACCUCAAAAGUCAGGCAGCUGCUUGAUACUACUGACAGCCAAGGAGAAGAGGUUGCCAGAAUCAUAGUGCAGAAACUGAAAGACAAUAGACAGCUGGGACUCCAACCUUAUCCAAAUAUACCUGCUUUGUACAGACCAACAUCUUUGAAUUGAUAAUACUUGCCAUUUUUUCCUUAAAAGUUGAGUUCCUGGUUCUGAAAUAUCCCUAUGUUGCUGCUGCAGCAUUCUCAACUAAAGUGUUCAGGGGAAAUGGGGCCUGGUAAGUGAAAGUAUUAUUUGACUCCUUUUGUCAUUUUAAAAUACACACACACAUAUAGAAAUUGUUUGACCACACACUUGAAGUUUCAUCACCAUAUGCAGAUGUGUUUUGUGAAUAUUGUGAAUGCAGGGAAAAAAUACAAAACUUAAUGGAAAAUAUGCAUAGCUUUACCGUGAUUAUGCACAUUUUCUCAAGAGUGAAAAUUAUCUUUUAGAACAGUGGUUCUCAACCUGUGGGUCGUAAACUGGCUGGUAAACUGACUAGGAUUUCUGGGGGUUGUAGGCCACAACACCUGGGGACCUACGGGUUGAGAACCGCUAUUUUAGAAGAACAACACAAUUGGUUUAGUGUCAUUCUUGAGACAGUCAGUGAUGUCGCUAGGGUUGUGUCACCCAGUGAAAUAACUCAUGGUAUCAACUCCAUGGACUUCCUGCCAUACCAGACUAUAUCACAAUAUUGUAGCUAAAAUGCAAUAAAUGUUGACAAAAUUUUCAGCAACGGAAACAACAGUGCAUUCUUGUAGUAUUUGCAGAUGAAACCAUGUGCUUCAUGAAUAAUCAUGAGAGCUCUAACCGGAGUGGAUGCCCAUUAGAAGAUUCAAAAACUAAAUUGGCAUCAAAUUUUAGCCUCCUGGUUAUGUUGUUACCAUACACAUAAUCUGGACUAUGAAAAAUGUGUUUGCAAUUGUAUCUGAUGAGAUUUUUUACUAAAAAAGAAUAAUUUUCUGCUGAAGCACCUCACAUCAAUUUUAUGGUCAUUUUGGUGUCACUCACCGUGACAAUGUCACCCAGUGGAAUCCACACUAUCCAAACAGUAACUCCAUUUCAGUUUCAAUUUUGGGCAACUUCCAGAAUCCCCUAGCCAACAUGGCUCCCUGUGGGAUUCUGGGAACUCUGGUUCCAACAUGUAUUCCAACCUCUGGUUUCAUAUAUUGGUGGGAUUUUUAAAAACAGUGUUGUCUGCCAUGGGGGAACACUGCCUAUCUGCUCUAGCAGAGCUUUGUGUUAUGAGACAUGAAUUAACACUAUGUAACGAAGUUUGAAAAAUGUUUUGUUCCUUGUAUGAAAGUGUUGUUUCCUCUUUAAUUGUGUGUUAUUUACUUUGAAAGUAGUUGUUGUGCUCCAGAACCUUUGUUUUUAUGGCUGUCACAAACUAUGUGGAAUUGGUUGAUACUCCAUAAGAAGUUCAUUGAAAAACUAUAGCAAAAUGUGCUGCAGCAUGUCCCACAAAAACAAAGUUAAUAACUUUUCCAUGUUUUUAUGAUAGAACCAAUUAGGAAAUAACAUUUAUAACUCAAGAGCAAAAAUCAUGUUACAUAGUGUAAUUGGAUUUGAUAUACUGUCAGCCCUCCAUAGCAAUAGAUUCUGUAUCCACGGAUUCAGCCAAACAUGAUUUGAAAAUAUUCUCCCCAGUCUCCCUCAUUCCCAAACUCAAAUCAUGAUUUUUCCAUUUUACAUAAGGGACACACCAUUUGGCUCCACUGUUGUAUAUAAUGGGACUUCAGCAUCCAGGGAUUUUGUAUUUGCGUUGGAGGAGGUGGGGGGGGGGGUGGAACCAAUCCCCAGCAUAUACUGAGGGCCCACUUUAUAGUGGAGAGGGCUGACCAGAUCUAAAAAACUCACAUUUUAGAAUACAUCUUAUAGUGAUCUCUGGCUGGAAAGCACAGUAGAAGAUCAGAAAAGGCGGGCAAAGUGUGUUUCUAAGAGCUCUGUCUGUCAUUAAUGACCCCCAUGGUUUUCUAGUACACAGUUUCAAAACCACUACUAUCUUACUUUUUAAAAAAACAACAAGAAAAGGUUAGAAAUUGUGUAAGUUGCUUGUAUUUCAUUCUAAGGGGAAACCACAGUGCUGAUCUUUCGGAAAAGGACAGUCCGACAAGCUAUGAUUCAGUAACUUCUUUAGCAUAGUUGCUCAAAGAAGAAGGCGUACUGUUACAUUCAGGGGUGGCUCAACCCAUUAUGCAAAGUAAGCAUUUGCAGUAUAGUUGAUUUUGCCCAGGGGCACUCUUGAGGCGCUCUUGGGGGGAAAUAGACCUUGACAUAUGCGAGUUGAAGUUACUGGGAUGUAUAGUUCACCUACAAUCAAAGAGCAUACCGAACUCCACCAAUGUUGGAAUUGAACCAAAUAUGGCACACAGAACUCCCACGAUGAACAGAAAACAUAUAUCAGUGAUUGGUUGGGGGGGGGGCUCCAAUAUACUGUUUGCUUACCAUUGAAAAUUACCUAGGGCCGCCUCUGGUUACAUUCAAACUUGAGUGCAAAUCCUAAAUCAGAGGGCAGGGAAAGGAUUCAAAUUAGCAGUUGAGGAUUUCAAAGUUGAAAAUGCUAAGAGAAACCCAAAAAGGGAAUCUGUUGAUGUAUAAAGAAUAAUGCCAUAAAUAAAUUUUGGCAUCACAUGGAAAUAUUAAUAGAUCAGGGGUGCCUUGCAUUCCUUUGCAGUUUUCUGUUUAUUAUCAAAAGAAGAAAAAAGUCGUCUCAAAAAGAGGGCAGAAGUGGAAGACUGCAGUCUAUAUCUGUCCUUUGCUCAAGCAACACACUUCUCCAUGUGGAAAGACAGAAACCUGACUGUCGUAUUCACGAUUGCAAUAUGUACAAAUAAUGUAGGAUUUCGUUUCUGAAUAACAGGAGAGACUAAUUAAUUUUCUGAAUAAUGGCUUUAUUUUAAGCAUCAAAAUCGUACUGGAACAAAUUGACAAAUUGACAAAACAGCUGCAUGUGUGAUAAGGGGCCCUUUUCCACCCAGCUAUAUAAAAUCCCACAUCAUCUGCUUUCAACUGGGUUAUAUGACAGUAUGGACUCAGAAAACCCAGUUCAAAGAAGAUAUUGUGGAUUAUGUGCCUUGAUAUUCUGGGUUAUAUGGAUGAGUGGAAGAGCCCAAAGUCAACCUGAUCAAGUCUUACCAGUGGAGCAGAGAGAUCUACAUGAUUUAUAAUGCUUUUUAUGACCUACAGUAAACUGCUUUAUUGCUAAACAAAUCAAAAGCAUUAUCUGACUUAGGCCUCUUCCACACAGCGGAAUAAAAUCCCACAUUAUCUGCUUUGAACUGGGAUAUAUUGCAAUGUGGACUCAGAUAACUCAGGACCCUUCCACAUGGUCCUAUAUCCCAGAAUAUCAAGGCAGAAUAUCCCACAUUAUUUGCUUUGAACUGUAGCAGCGCAGGUGGACUCAGAUAACCCAGUUCAAAGCAGAUAUUGUGGGAUUUUCUGCCAUGAUAUUCUGGUUUAUAUGGCUGUGUGAAAGGACCCUUAGAGACAAUGUGGUUUUGCAUGACCUCCUAGAACCUGAAAAGUCUCAUAUAGAAAAUCUUCUGGAGCAGAAAAGUCAGAAUCAACGGAUGAACUGAAUUAAGCCAAUUAUGUUUGCCUUCUUUCACCUAAUGAGGACUGAACUGUGGUGCUUGCAUGUCAGGAAAACUUGUUUGUUUUGUUUGUGUGUUUUGCUUUCAUGUUGUUGAGCAAACCUAAUUUUAUCAAUUGAUUCUUGGAACUGCUGGCACACAGCAUGGGUUGUACACACAACCCAUACACUGGUGUUAAGAUGUGGGAUUAAUUGUAUUGUUUGUAAAUCUACUGUCAGCAUUUGCUGGGACUCUACUCAAAAUUUAUUUGAAGACCAGCAUUACCAUACAAAAUUCUUUCUGUAUUUGGAGGAAACUCCCUUUUGUUGUUAUUGUUGUUGUUAUUUGAAACACAACAAUAUGAGUCCACAGCAGAGAAGAUCAUUCUGCUGGCUAUUGUAUUGGAUCACACGUUGGACACUUCCCAGGUGUCUAGGACUGUCUGAUGUAUCGACGAAUAAUGUGUGCAGAUUAUUAUUCUUAUAUCUCCCAGAAUUUGUCAGCUCACAUGUUCAGUGCCCAAACCAGUUGAAAAAAUGGGUGAUGUAAUCCCUAAAGGGAACUUCAAAGCGCUGAAGGUUUGUUGACUGAAAUAGAAUGAUUAUGUUGGAAGAGGUCACAAGGGCCACCCAAUCUGCCAUGCAGAAACUCACAAUCAAAACUCUCCAAACAGAUGGCCAUCAAAUCUGCUUUAAAACUUCCAGAGACAGAAAGUCCCCCACACUCAGAGGCAGUGUAUUCCCCUGUUGAACAGCUCUUAUCAUUAGAAAGUUCGUAAUUUUUUAUGUUGAAUCUCUUUUCCUGCAAUUUGACUAACCAGGAAAGAUGUAAAAUGUGGAGAAAAAAUAUUUUUAUAGGUAUUUUUGUGUGUGUGUCUGCAUGGAUAUAGGCUGAUAUACUGUUGGUUAACCUAAUGACAAUAAACCCAUUCAUUCAA